CAAACAUGAAACCUAAAAGAAGAUCGUAAGCCAGUGAAACCGGAAAUGUCAACCGACCGACUGCAUCAUAUCUCCACUGUAAUACAUGAUGUAUUGCUAAUGUAAAGGAAGAAACAGUCAUAUAAUAUCGUCAAGGAGCAAACUGCGAAUAUGACAAAUGUGUACUCUUUCGAUGGUAUCUUGGUGUUUGGGCUGCUGUUCAUCUGCACCUGUGCAUACCUUAAAAAGGUGCCUCGCCUCAACAGCUGGCUGCUGUCAGAGAAGAAAGGAGUGUGGGGCGUCUUCUACAAAGCGGCGAUAAUUGGGACACGGCUUCACAUUGCCGUGGCAGCUUCCUGUUUGGCUAUGGCUUUCUACAUUGUCUUCUUGAAAUGAUAAGAAACAGACUGGACUGGAAAAGACUGGACGUGUGCAGACUGGGAAUGGACUCAUCUCUGUGUUCAUGUGCUAAUCCUUGUUGUGGGACUCCUCUUGGAUUACAUGACUGAUGAAACCCCUGGCCCUGUGGACCUAUGUGAAAGACUAGCCGGUGCUGCCCCCUUCUGGUGACUGGGUACAUCAUUCCUCCCUUAAUUAUGUGGGUGCACUACAGACAUGAAGGGCAUCCUGAAUCUACCCCACAGUUAUUACAGAGGAGAGAGCCUGUUGGGUCACAUGGUAUCAUUUUGUUGUAGGGUAAUAAUGUUGGUUGUCUCCAUCCACACCCCAUAAAUAUUUAUACUGAAGGAUGCAGGAGAUUGAAGGGCAGCGUGUGCGUUAUACCUGUAUACAACCUAAAAUUAGCCUAGCUGUAUAUAUUUGGGAAAAGAUAUGACCAGUAGAGAUUUGUCAGAGGUUAUGUUUGAUCAAAAUGACAAUGAUCAAUUCUGCUUGCUCCCAAUAAUACUGUUUUUUUUUCUCUAUCACUUCUUCUGUCAAGGGUGGAGGGGAAGAUAAACAAAGCUAAUAUAUUAAGAUGUUCUUGUGUACACAAUAUUUUACUUUUAUGCAUCUCUUAUCUUUUCUUAACAGUGCUGUUUUGUAUCUCUUUGUUUUAGGUUUGAAAUACACAUUUUGCACAGGUGUAUGUUGUAUUUCCUUUGACAUCUAAAACUAGAUAACAUGUUUUAAAUGUCAGAAAUGGUUAAAAAUGGAACUGUAAGUCACGCAGGAAGUUUUAUCACAAUUGUGGAGUAUCACAAGAGUAAUAACUCAACUAAUUGUGAAAAUUAAAUCACUAUAUCAGACAUGCCUGAAGAUUAAAUGCAAUGCCAAAUAGGGAUGGUGCUUCUAAUGCCAUCUUAAUUACAUGCUGUUAAGUUUAAUUCUGCCACCUUAUUUUUUAUUUUUUAAAAGAAGAAAUUGUUUUGGGAAGGGAUGCAAUGCAAUUUUGAGUAAAACAUUAAUCAGACAAUUUCUGUGUUCGUUGUCUUUAAGAAACAAAUGUCAGGUCUCAGUGACAUUUAGUGCCUCUAUACAUAUAUGCUGUUUUUUGGCACUAAUCAACACAAAUAAAGUACAAAAAUCAUAUAAAUCAAGUAAAAACUGGAAUGAUUGAAUGUAUACGUAUUCACCUUCUUCAAGUUAAUAUUUAGUUAAGGUAGUUUGAAUAGCAGUUACAUCCCUGAGUCUAUUGUAUAUGUAUAGAGCUGGUCUAAGCAGUUUAUCCGCCAUUCUUUGCAAAACUGCUCAAGCUCUGUCCGGACACAUUAGGACUGAGUGACCAGCAGUUCUGAACUCCUGCCACAAACUCUGGAUUGGACUGAGGCCAGAGGACUAAUUUUGGCCCUUCCUGGACAAUAACAUAAUUCAUUUUUAAAGCCAUCUAUGGUAUGUGCAGUGUUGACUUCAGGUCUUUGUGUAAAAUAAGUCAUAUCUCAUCAUCUCAUCUUUCCUCCCAGUAUAUCUCUGUAUUUAUUAAUUUUUCCCCUCACAAACCCACCAGGGACUGCUACAGAGAGUCCCCAGAGAAAUCCCCACAAUUUUAGGGAUUUUCAUUCUCCCAUAUACUUUUUGUCAAACAGGUCAGAUGUUUUUUUUCCAACAAACUUGGACUGAAGAAGCACCCAGGCAGCAGUAUUUGUAUGUACUAUUGUACUGUACUGUUCAGCGCUGGUGAUUUUGUGCUCCUGGAAAAUGGGAACAAACAGAGAUGUCCUGUUACACGCUGAGUCUUCGGGUGUUAAUCUCACCCAAUGAACCCUAUGCCUUAUUUACACAUGCCAUGAGCCUCUUGCUGGCUUCUGCCUCUAGUGCGCUCUUCACAAACCUGCCAUUAGGAGAUGUAUAAAUGUGCCAUAUUUCCUUUUUAUUGAAAACUGAAAACAGAAGCAGCUAAAUUAAAUUCAGACAGUAUUUUAUUAUUCACACCUGUGCUUUUCCUACUGCGACAUAUCAACAUUUCUGCCAUGAAUAAGGCCUGUUUGUAAUUAUCCUUUGUCCUUAUGAUAUUUUACAUAUUGACCAAUCGAAUCACAGUUUCUUGUCUCACCUUGUUUACGUACAGGUGAUUUCCUUUCAACUAAUUAUGCAGCUAAUAAAAAAAGAAAUGAUGGCUCUUGCUAUUUUUAGGCCUGUGCCUUAAUAAAAGUGUAAAUACUGGUA